AUGCAGUCCAGAGAAGCAUCUCACGCCGGGUCGUGGUACUCGGACAGUACCCGCACCCUCACCCAUCAGCUCGAUCAAUGGCUGGCCCAAGUGCCAGACACGAUGCCCAACGUCGGCUCGCUACCCGUCCCGGGAGCCCGAGUAAUCAUCGCACCCCACGCGGGUUACUCCUACUCCGGACCCUGUGCCGCCUACGCAUACAAAGCCCUCGAUCUCUCCGAAGCGUAUGAAGCCCAAGGAUCCGUCCUUCUAAUCAUGACACCUCAACUAACACCCCGUCGAAACAGCAAGCGCAUCUUCGUCAUAGGCCCCUCGCAUCACCACCCUCUCUCGACUCUAGCCCUGCCCCAGCUCACUUCAUACUACACCCCUCUCUCCUCCGAUCCCCUCCCUCUCGACACCGAGCUCAUCUCUCACCUCCUCAGCACGCAUGCAACCAAACCCACCGGCUCCAAAGUAAGCUUCACGACAAUGACCCGCUCCAUCGACGAAGACGAGCACAGCAUCGAGCUACACCUACCCUACAUCCACCGUCUCCUGCAGCUGCAGUACCCCAACACCCCGACCGCGCAGUACCCGCCCCUCGUCCCGAUCAUGGUAGGCAGCACCUCCGCCGCGACGGAGCAGGCGUUUGGGUCAUUGCUAGCGCCCUACCUAGCGGAUCCGGGCAAUGCGUUCGUGAUCAGCUCCGACUUUUGCCAUUGGGGUCUGCGGUUCAGGUAUACGUACUAUGUACCACAGGCACCGAAGCCGGGCCCGAAAUUGCCCUUGUCGAGCGACGUGUUGCCGCAGCCCGGGAAGGAUGCGGAUGAUGUUCUCGAGACGAUUGACUCGGUAUCUGCGGGCCAUGAAUUGCAGCGCGGGGACCGCAUUUCGACCCGUGAACCGGCUAUCCAUGAGAGUAUCUCAGCGUUUGAUGUUGCGACUAUGGCGGCUAUCACCACGGGAUCGACCAAGGUCUUUUUGGAUACUAUCAACCGCACAGAGAAUACAGUUUGUGGCCGCCAUCCUAUUGGCGUGAUCAUGGCUGCCAUGGAGAUUGUCGCGGGGGAUCAACCACCAGCGAAGGAUAAGCAGGGCCGCUUCCAGUUCCUGCGGUAUGAGCGUAGUUCGGACGCGGUGGAUAUGAUGGAUAGCUCGGUGAGCUAUGUCUCCGCUUUUGCAGUGCUCUAA